AUGACGAGCGGUCAUCGCGGGCACAACCUUAGAUUCCGUCUUUCCUUUGAAGCCUCCACAUCGGAAACUCUCGCACCCCAGCGAGACAAAGAAGAUCCCGCACUGAGCAAUAAACUUACUAUUCAGAUAAGCCAAUCAAUUGCCUCAAUUAGUCUUUUGUUAGCCCUAUUGAAAAUGAGCAAACCAAACAAGAAGAAGACUCGUCAAUACGCGGUGGAGUUUUUGAAGUUUGGAUUCAUUCCUGAUGAGCAUGAUGAGCGUAAACCGUUUUGCUUAUUAUGUAAUCAGACGAUGAGCAAUGAGUCAAUGAAGGCAGGUAGGCUGGAAGCGCACUUAAAGGUAAGACAUCCUAAUAAUUCUAAUUUAGAUUUGGAAUACUUCAAAUCAUUGAAAGAAAAAUUAAAAAACCGAACAAAACUCACUUCACUAUUUCAUGCAAAACAAGCGCCUCAUACUCGUGCCCUUGAAGCCAGCUACGAAAUCUCCUUGCUUAUAGCAAAACAUGGAAAGAAUCACACUAUUGGAGAGCAACUGAUUAAACCUGCUAUCUCAAUAUUCUUAAAAACUGUAUUACAAAAAGAUGAUGGAGAUAUCAGGACUAUGCCACUCAGUAAUAACACUGUCUCGAACAGAAUAGAUGAAAUGGGGCAAGAUGUUGAAAGCCAGCUCAUUGAGAAAUUAAAAUUGCGUAAGUUUUCAUUACAAAUGGACGAAUCCACAAUCCGGGACAGUGAGGCUCUGUUAUUGACUUAUGUGAGGUAUAUUGACCACGAGGAGUUUCAGGAAGAGAUGCUGUUCUGCUAA